AUGAGCUCAUUAUCCAAAGCUGAAAUCGAAGAUAUUCGAGAAGUUUUCGACUUAUUCGAUUUUUGGGAUGGUCGAGAUGGCAUGAUUGAUGCAGUGAAAGUUGGUGAUCUACUUCGAUGUAGUGGAAUAAAUCCGACUAUUGCAUUAACAGUAAAACAUGGAGCCACUAUAAAACAAGGGGAAAAGCAAUACAAAUUCGAUGAGUUUCUUCCUUGUUAUGAAGCUAUUCUUAAAGAGAAAGAAACUGGCACCUAUGCUGAUUAUAUGGAAGCUUUUAAAACAUUCGAUCGUGAAGGACAAGGAUUUAUUUCAGCUGCUGAAAUGAGACAUGUUUUAACAGGUUAUGGUGAACGUCUUGAAGAUCCAGAAGUGGAUGCCAUUUUGAAAUUUAUUGAUUUACGUGAAGAUUUGGACGGAAAUAUCAAAUAUGAAGAAUUAAUCAAGAAAGUUUUGGCUGGUCCUUCCAAGUAA